CAUAACCUCACCCCAUUCUAAUUUCAUUUUCUGUUUGUUGUGAUUUUUUGUUUGAUAACAAUGAAAAUUCUUGAUACUUUACUCUUACUUCAGUCUGUUAUACACUCAUGAUUCAGUCUUCAAUUUUAAAUUUUGCAUUUUUUUUUGCUGCUUUAUCAUGACUGUGCUGAAUAUUUACAAACUCGAAGAUGUAAACCAAACUAAGGCUGUAUCUUCGCUCCGGAAUGGAGAGCAUCACAUAGGAAGAGAUGGAAUAUUGAAUUGCACCGACAAAAGAGUAUCCAGACACCACGCUAUAUUAAUAAUCACAGAUGAAGCAGUCACUCUAAAAUCUCUUCAUGUUAACCCUUGUUUUUACAAAGCGGCCAGAGGAAAUUGCAUAGUUCUCCUGAAAAAGGACGAAAGCGUUAACUUAAAUGAUGGUGACCGAUUCGCUCUGCUCGCAGACUCCUACUGGUUCAAGGUGAGGUUGUCAUCAGAAGGGGUCAAUUCUGAAUCCACCAAGACACAAAUUCUCCAGGAGUUUGAAAAGGUGUGUAAGGCUAACACAACUGAAGAAAGUGAGGUUACGGAGGCACCCAAUUCUUGCUUACGGAAUGUCAGUCUAUUACUAAAUACAUCACUACAUGCUGAAGAAGCCAAAAUAAAUCCUUCUCUGCUGUUGAGCAAUCUGGAAAAUAUCGUAGAGCAGGAUUUUGGGACCAAUACAGAAAACAUUGCUGCUGAGGAUAAGUCAAAUGAUAGCAUGGACUUUUCAGAGCUACUCACGAGAAAAACUGAAGAAACUGAUUCAGCUCUGGCCAAAGAGUCGGCUAAAGGGGAAAAUGGUAGUGAAGCGGUGGGUCAAUCAAGGAAAGAAGUGGACUAUUCUGAUGCUGGAGAAGAGUCAGAGAAAGCUUCAGGUAAAAUAGAAAAACCGUCAAUAGUGGAGGAUGUUGACACUACUAAAACCCAUGGCGAUUCAGAUGAUGAAAGUACAAAUCAUGAAGAACCCAGCGUCAGUACCGACAAGCCAAAAGUGCGAAGAGACCGUUGUUGGUAUGGAGCUAACUGUUAUAGAAAGAAUCCAGCACAUCGAGCUGCCAUCAGUCAUCCGGGUGAUGACGACUAUGACAGUGACCCUGCGGAUGAUCGUCCUUUAUGCCCCUUCGGCUCUGCUUGUUACCGAACCAACGUGGACCAUAGACGGGUAUACAAACACUCUGCUCCGCCUUCAAUCAGAAAGCCUGCACCACCAAAGCAGCCACCCCAGAAGAAAAGUGAGAGUUCUUCUGAUAGCGAACAUAGCAAUAAAGAUGAUGAUAAAGAUACUGGGAAGAGGAAGAAGAGAAAGGCUGCCCAGAAGGUGAAGUUCAAUGAAACUCCAGAAGAUGACUAUGACUACGACGACCCUUUCUUGAAUGAUGCCAGCAGCGACGACUUUGAACUGUCUGAAGAUGAUGACGGUGAUGACACCACGGACUGGGAAGAUUCCCAAGCCAUGGAUGAAGAGAGCCACGAGAGAAAAAGGUUGUUGAAGGAAGCGAAAAAGUUUACCAAAGGAAAGAAGAAGAGGAAAACGUAGAACAGAAUAUUUUAUUAUCCUUAUUCAUCACAUAUAUGUUUAUUAUAUUACAAAAAUCCAUUAAAUGAA